AUGCUACACGAGCUGGUGAAAAUUCUGACGUUUCGAACCGUGCAACUGGAAGCGAUAGAAUCUGGGCGACUGCUACGACCGCGAGACCGACAAAAGUUUUCGCGAAUAGUUUUCUCCAUGCUCUCCAACCGACCGACCAAAAAGGCCAAGGCGUCGCGCGACGAGGCCGGGUUCAAAAUGCGGGCCCAAAAGGUGAAGAAUCUGGAGAUCAACGGCGACGAGCAGGCCGAUGGGGCCCAGUACGAGCUGAGCGACGGCCUGCGACGUGUCUCACCAUACUACUACACCUAUCUGACCUACUGCAAGCAGCGGUGGAGAGACCGCCAACUGCUGGACAUUUUUGCCAACGAAUUCAGAGACAGAGACGAAAGCUACUACCGAUGGGCGAUUGAGAACGGCCAGGUGCUGCUCAACGGCAAGGUGGCCCAGGUGGACUCGGUGGUUCGAAACGGCGACGCCAUCCAGCACAGAUCGCACAAGCACGAACCGCCAGUCACCGACCAGGAGAUUGACAUUGUGCACGAGGAUGACGAUUUGGUGGUGAUUGACAAGCCGUCGGGGAUGCCGGUUCAUCCGGCGGGACGAUACAGGUUCAACACCGCCGUCAACAUCCUCAAGCACGUGAACGGACUCCAUGUUCAUCCUUGCAACCGGCUUGAUCGACUCACCUCCGGCCUCAUGUUCAUGGCCAAAAACCCCAAGUCCGCUGACAAGUUUGGCGCCCAGCUGCGAGACCGCCAGGUGCAAAAACAAUACGUGGCCCGGGUGGUGGGCAAGUUCCCCGACGGCGAAAUCUCCGUCGACGAAAACUUGUGCACUCUGGACCCCAAAAUCGGAUUCAACAUCGUCACCACAAAGGUGGACCGAGACCACCACCGGGCUCUGAUGGACCGCGCCACCGAACGGGAAGCCAAAACCGUCUUCAAACGCAUUUCCUACGACGGAGAAACGUCCAUCGUGCUGUGCAAACCAUACACCGGCCGAACCCACCAGAUCCGCGUCCAUCUGCAGUUUCUGGGCCACCCCAUCGCCAACGACCCGCUCUACUCGUCGCCGACAAUGUGGGGCGAAUCCCUGGGCAAAGGUGGGCUUGAAAACUACGACGUGAUGAUGAAAAUGAUCGACGACGUGGGCAAGACCAAAACCGCCGAAUCGUGGUUCUUUCCAGCAGACCCCAACAAACCCCUGGGAGAAGUGCUUUCGGGCUCCUGUGAAACGUGCAAAACGCCCCUAUACACCGACCCGGGCCCCAACGAUCUGUCUCUAUGGCUUCAUGCCUUCACCUACUCCUCCAAACCAGAUGAAGACAACCCCAACGCCCCCAAGUGGUCCUACUCCACCAAACUGCCAGAAUGGGCGUCGCAACCCCACAAAAAGUUCAUGGACUUGGCGGUGGCCGAGGCAGACAAGUCCGAAGGAACCCCCUCCGCCUUCUGCGUGGGAGCCGUUCUAGUCAAGGACGGACAAGUGCUGGAAACAGGAUUCUCCAGAGAACUGCCCGGGAACACCCACGCGGAACAAUGCGCUCUGGAAAAGUAUUUUGCUAAAAACAACGUGUCAGACGUACCGGAAAACACCGUCAUCUACACCACCAUGGAGCCCUGCUCCGAACGACUCUCCGGAAACCUGCCCUGCGUCGACCGAAUCCUCAACUCGAGCAUCAAGACCGUGUUUGUUGGCGUUCUGGAACCCGACGACUUCAUCAAAGAUAACACCUCGUUGGCAAAGCUGGAAAAGGCCGGAAUCAGCUACAUUCAGAUUCCCGGCUACGAAGACGAGAGUAUCAGAAUCGCAAAGAAGGGCCAUCCAAAGAACUAG